AUGGAAGCUGACGAUCCGCAUCUCCAGUCUUUCCAUCGAUGCCUCCAGAAAUCUCGAAGGAUUCUGUGCAUUGUGGGGUCAGGGCUGUCUGCUAGUUCUGGUAUCCCUACUUAUCAGUUGCAACAUGGAACUUGGCAUGGAUACACUGCCCUUGAUCUAGCGACACCAGAGGCCUUUCAAAACGACCCUGGUCUCGUUUGGCUUUUCUACUCGAGUCGACGUUACGAGGCGAUGAAAGCAAAGCCUAAUGAAGGCCAUUUUGCUCUGGCAGAAUUGUGCCGAAGAUACCCCAGCAGAAUGGCUACCUUUCCACCAUCGACCGGUGGCAAGGGGCUUUCAGGCGACGAAUCAAGUAAACAAUACAAGCAUCAUGACAUAAAUGGUCCCCCUGUUAGUGGCGGUGUGAGCGAUACUACUUUCAAGGGCAAAAGCGCACUUGUCAUCUCACAGAACGUCGAUGGCCUUCACCAAAGAGCUGGCCACCCUCAAAACUCGCUAGUCGAACUGCAUGGUAGUCUUUUUGAUAUGAAAUGCACGCAGUUUUUUUGCAACUAUCGUACCCACAACGAGCAUGAUCUCUUUCUAACACCAACCCUUAGGACAUAUACACCAAGAAGCUCGAUGAAGAAGCGAAAGCGGAAUUUGGCAAAGAACUCAAGAUUGGAAAAAUCACCUCCGCCUAAGAGGCAGCGUGUAGACUCUGAUGCAUCUGUCACAGAUGAAACGACAGACCUAGAAAAUGUGAGUCAUUCGUCUGACGAUCUUUCGGAGUCGACCAAUUCUUCACAACCUGAUGCAUUUCCUACGCUAGAUCCUCAGGAGUUACCCCACUGUCCUAAAUGUCAUGAAGGCAUACUGCGACCUGCGGUUGUUUGGUUUGGUGAGUCGCUACCACUGCGCCAGAUGGAUCAGGUUGACCAAUUUUUUAGUUGCGGACCGCCUGUCGAUCUUGUACUCGUUAUAGGAACGUCAGGCAAGGUUUGGCCUGCUAUGGGAUACGUUGAAAGAGUUAAAAAAAAUGGUGGCAAGAUUGCCAUCUUCAACACAGCGAUUGAGGACAUUGAAGAAGUUAACAAAAGUAAAAAUGUGUGGGGUUUUCAAGGUGAUGCUUCCAAAUUACUUCCAGAGGCUCUGAAACCUCUCAUCGGUGAGCAUUAUAAACCUAGAGAUUGGUUUAGGCGUUGA